UGAAUCGAAUUCAAAAUGAGUUUUUCCCCCGAUUUUGAAAAUUGACUUCAAUAAACAUUCCGCAGUGGGCAUAGAUGAGCUCAUUCCCGCCAAAAAUGGUGAAUCGACACCAGAGAUCUCAAAUCACUUCGUCUCCGUCGAGGAUACAGCUUUUCUUCAAGCUGGAAAGGCUGACAUCUCGCCACGAGCAAAUGAAGACCGCUUAUCACGAGCUCAAAACUCAGAUCAACGCCGGUUUACUUGAAGCGGAAGAAGUGUUUGCUUCUUUGGCGGUUCCGUUGAUAAAGCUGGUUGGUUUAAAAACCAAGGAAAUGGCUGAAGAAGGACGUUUAACCACCAUUAUCAUUGAUAAUGAUUUCUCUCAAGGAUGCCGGAGAAAUGGACUGGAACCGCAAUUGCUAGAUGAUACUACAAGAAGAGAGCGAGAGAAUCAGAUUGAAAUAUUGGAGGGAGAAAGUUAUGUUACUAAAGCUACCAUAGCAGGCAAAGAACUGAUGGAGAAGCAACAAACAAACUUGUUACACCUAGUGCAACUCCUUAGACAAGUUGAAAUCCAAGUGAACUGUCACCAAGAUGAAAUUUUCGAGACCCUUGACAACCACCGUGCAUCCCUUCACAAUCUCUUCCAGAAAGCUAUUCAUUAUAUAUCUGACGUUCAUAGUCAAAACCGUGACAAUUUUCUCACAACAUUGAAUCUCCUUCAAGUUAUGUUCAACAAUGUCGAUGCAAUUCUUGGCUCAGUUGAGGGUGGUGUCAAUAACUUAAUGCAGGAAUUGGCAGAAAAGAUGUGUAAUCCAAUGGUGGAGUAUGUGAAAAGCCUCAAAGAUGAUAUGAAGAAUGGAACAUGCGUGCGCUUAUUGGCUAUGGUGGAGGAGAUGGAAAGAAUGAUAAGCAAUGGAAGGCUUGAGUUGGAGGAUGCAAGGAAGAAAGUCAGAGUAGCAGAAGAAGGGAAAAUUGAGGCUGUAUGCAAGUUAAAGACAAUAGAAGAAAGAGUGAUGAGAAUGAGAGGACAUUUUUCCCUUCCUGAAGCUGGAUUUACAGAACCUUCUACUCCGCACAAGUUCUUAGGCAUGGAGGGAAAGCAAGCAAAAGAUGAGAAGCUAUUAUGGAAUCUGUUGAAGAAGAAAAGAAAACAUAAAGCACUAGCAAGCCCCAUGGGACCCGAAGGGCUUCUAUGCUUUGACGGCAAUAACAGGCAUCCUAAGUUGGUCGAUAUGAGGCUGUCAUUGGAUCACAGACAAAUUACCAGAGGUUGCAGGAAGGGGCUUGGUCCGCGAACUUCACCCUUGAAUUCUUGCAUUCCUUUGGGCUCAUCGCCUUCGGUGGCAAUUCAACAAGCUGUUUCACACAAGCGAAUAACUCCCUGAAUCCAUAUUGUGUAAUUAAGCUGUAGGAUUGCUAGAUUGGUAGCAAAUAGUUGUUGACUUUUGACUCUGGAUACUGCGAUUACAGGACUCUCUUUCCUCUGGCCACUAGGCUGGAAAGCACUGGAUGGGGGCCUAAUUAUAAACCCUCCCUAUAUUCUUUCAA